GUCACCGUCUGGGACUUCUCGCAGUCAUUACCAGAGCACAGGCUAGGGCAGUGCCUGUUUUCUGGGACCUCAGGAUGGCUUCCUGUUCCGACACCGGGGCUUCCAGUUUGCCCUCUGUUUCUGCAGAAGAGGAGAUUCAUUUUCAGUCAUGGAUGAAACAGUACAACAAGAAAUAUGAUUCGUCGGAGUAUCAUCACAGGCUACACAUUUUUCUUGAAAAUAAGAGAAAGAUUGAUGAACACAAUGCUGGGAACCACUCAUUUACAAUGGGACUGAACCAGUUUUCAGCUAUGACCCAUGAUGAAUUCAAAAAUACUUAUCUUAACAGAGCACGUCAAAUAAAUACUGUUCAUUCUGACAAAACUAGGAUUUUUAAUCCAGAUGAAGUGGAUAGAGUGGCAGAUUCAAGCCAAGAAGACUCAUCCUCCUGAAUUCAAAUCCAGCCUUAGACACUUAAUAGCUGCGUGAAACUAUCAAUGAGAAGUUAUCCCCACAUCAAUGACCUGUUAUUUCCUGCCUGUUAAGAAAAAGCAACUUUCAUUUUUUAUGCUGUUAUUAAGUGUUCACCACAAGACCAUAAGAAGAUAAGAAAAAUGAGCAUGCAAGAUGAAGAAUGUAACUGAUUAUACAUAUAUCUGUAAACUUCUGUUUCUAAAAAAUAUCAUUUGUUAAAAAUUAAUCUUGAAAACCAAUAUGGUUAAUUAAAUUGACUUUAGUAAAUUACCUUCAUUUAAUUCAUUCAUUUCACUGUAUAAAAUAUCCUAAUGACUUUAAAAUUAUUUUCUCUGUAAUGACCCCAGUAGCCUUCUCACUCAACUCUGCUAGCCUGGAAAUCUCAAAAUCCUUGAGGUACCCAGAGUAUGCCAUAGUAAAGACCUAAAGCCCCUUUUUCCAUUGCCUGGGACUUUGAAUAUCAACUAGUUGCCAAUUUCCAAGGAGCCUUCUGUUCCUUCACAAGCCUAAAUGAGCACUACUUCCUAGAGUCAGAUGCCUUCUCCUGCUAGAUUUGGAUAAAUACCCCUUCUUGCUGUAACACUGCUCAUCCUCCCCCUCCCCUCCCCCCCUUUACUAAAUUGAGGGACAAGGUCUCCAUUUCCUCUACAA